AUGCUUGCGAAAGGAAGAAUGGACGUGGUCUUACCAGCCUGCGAGGACGAGGCCAAAGAUUUGGAGCCGAUCAUUUUUCAUACGCCGGCAGUUUACAAUGAUAAAGUAAAAGUUCACGACUGGCAAAUGCAAACGCUGGCUUCCCCCAGGGACAACAAGGAAAUAUUCCCACCAAAAGGGAAUCUCCAUAAAUCCUCGUAUAAGAGACUUGGCCCGGAUAUCGGUUGCACGGGAAUGACAGCCACUCAGGAGAUGCUGUCGCAGAUAGAAUUGAAGGAUUUAUACAAGACCGUUUAUCCACAACGCACGUUGUUCCAUAUGAAAACUUUAGCAUCGGAGGUAGAAGAGGAGAAAGAAGUAACGUUAAUGGACAUAAUGUACGAUCAAGAGAUGGCCCGUUGCAUGGACUAUCGAACGACGUCGGAAAUCGAUUAUAGAUCUCCUCAUCCUAUGAAACCGAGGAAACUGCCACCGCCGCCUCCGCCAGAGCCUUGGCUCCUGAACAGGCGACCUUUAAGCUGCAUUCCACACGAUUUAGCGAGAAGAGAAGGUGUUCAUACAUUCUUGGACGACGGCAUGGACAUCUAUCGUAAGAUAGCCGACGUCAAGUCGAAGAGAUACAAAGUGCACAGCUUCCAAAGCGAAGUGGACGAAUCCAUAGACUUGUCUGACAUUAAGCGAUGCGAUAAUUGA